UAUGAGUACACUUGUAGGGUUAAAAAACCAUAUUCCUGGAAAAACAUUUAUAACCUUCCAAAUUUGGACGUUCCCAUACACUCCUCCUCCUAGCUGUAUCUGAAUAUAUAUUUCCGACAAUCGCCGGAUUCUUUUCGUUACGAAAGUCCGACGGACAACUCUAAAUCUCCGCCCCCGAUGUCGUCGCCGGUCAUUUCCUUUGCCGUUUUUCUUGUCAUUGCUUCUCUAAUCUCCCCAUCACUGUCCCAAACAUGUUCGUCACAGAAAUUUACCAACAACAAGGUUUACGCUCGUUGUAGCGAUCUUCCGGCACUCAAAUCAUUCCUUCAUUGGACAUAUGAUGCUGCCAAUUCCACUCUUUCUAUCGCGUUCGUUGCACCUCCGGACAAACCUGACGGAUGGAUUGCGUGGGCUAUUAAUCCCAACGCUGCCGGUAUGGUUGGGGCGCAAACUUUGUUUGCAUUCAAGAAUUCCAAAGGCGAAAUGGUGGUUAAGCCUAACGAUAUUUCGAGUUAUUCUUCUAUUAAGGAGUCAUCAAAAUUGUGGUUCGAUGUUAAAGAGGCAGCGGCGGAGUUCUCCGGCGGAUUGAUGCGGUUGUUUGCGACUCUUGUGCUACCGGAAAAGUCGAAAACGACGUUGAAUCAUGUGUGGCAGGUGGGACCCUCUGUUACCGAUGGUUUUCCCACAAAACAUGGUUUUCAGCCAGCUAAUCUGAACUCGAAAGGUACUCUUGAUUUGUUGAGUGGAGAAAGCAAAACCGGCGCUUCUGGUGAUUCUGGGGUCAAUAGAAAAAAUAUCCAUGGAAUCCUUAAUGCUAUUACUUGGGGAUUUCUGUUUCCAGUUGGCAUUAUCAUUGCGAGGUACAUGAGAACUUUCCAGUCUGCUGAUCCGGCAUGGUUUUAUCUUCAUGUUUCCUGCCAAUGUUCUGCUUAUGUUAUUGGAGUUGCUGGCUGGGCAACUGGUCUUAAGCUUGGAAUUGAAUCAAAGGGUAUCACAUAUGAUGUCCAUCGUAAUAUUGGGAUUGCACUUUUCUGUCUUGCAACAAUUCAGGUUUUUGCCUUGUUGUUGAGGCCGAAGAAGGACCAUAAGUACAGAUUUUACUGGAAUAUCUACCAUCACGGAGUUGGCUAUACAAUGCUUAUCCUCAGCUUGAUUAAUGUAUUCAAAGGUCUUGACAUACUAGAUCCAGCGACAAAGUGGAGGUCUGCAUAUAUUGGCAUAUUAGUUGUCUUAGGAGCAAUUGCCCUAGUUUUGGAAGUGAUUACCUGGAUUGUUGUGUUAAAGAGGAAAUCUAACAAAUCAACCAAACCAUAUGAUGGUUGAUUUUCUCGACAGGGACACGGGAGGCCACAAACUUUGACAUUCAUGAUCAGUUGCUAUUGUUAUCACUGUCUAAAUCAGUCUAUAUAUAUAAAUAUUUAUAAAUUAGAAUUUUCUUGGAGCAGUUCUUUUAUUAUUAUACCUAGCUCUUCUGUUUUCCUCAUGAUACAAUGACUUAGAAAGAUAUGUUGUGUAUAAAUACGUGACUUGAUCACUUCAGUUGCAGAACAUUUGAUCACUUCA